AAAAAAUAACAAUAACAUGGCUGUGUUUCAUAAUUAUAUGAAAAAUGCAACUCUGUAAAUAAUUGUGUUGUUGUUUUUGUAAAUUGUCAAAAACCAGCUGUUUGUUUGAACGUUUUCGCAGCACCGUCUAGCAGACAGGAAAAUGUCAAAGUAUCUGGGCCUGGACCGUUUGGGUAAACUAUAUCAGAUUGUACGCCAAAAUGGUGGUCUGAAAAAUACCUACUUGAAAUUAUAUAGAACCGAUGAUUUGAAAUUGGGCACCCUGGUGGGCACUGAUAAAUAUGGUAAUAAAUAUUACGAGAAUCCCUAUUAUUUCUAUGGCAGAAAUCGUUGGGUAGAAUUUUCCGAUGUCGCCGGCAUGGACUAUGAUGGCUCUCAAAUACCCGCUGAUUGGUUCGGUUGGAUGCAUUAUAAGACCGAUCUUCCACCAAUUCGUGACGGUAAUCGCCCCAAAUACAAGUGGAUGGCUGAUCACAGUGAGAACCAUUCCGGAACUCAAGAGGCAUACAUGCCCUACAGUACCACUCGGCCAAAGAUUGAAGCCUGGGAUCCUAAAAAGUCGGGCAACAAGUAAAAAUCGCUCGCACUAGUGUUCCGAAACAAGAAAAGUUUUCUGUGUAGUUUAAAUAUAGAAAUAAAUUUGUUGAAAAUAUAAAAAUAAUGCAAUGAAACGCAAAUAAUAAAACAAAAGAUCAUUUCUUUUACAAACUCUUAAA